AAUUCCAAUAUCUCAUCGUGAAAGAAACCCUAGCUGCGCACUCAUUCAGUCGCGGAGUCGGGCACCUCGCGGGCCACCUCAAGCUGUCGCCCAACUUCGAUACACUCCGGCCACUUCCCCAGGUUCACCGGCCGGUGCACGCUCCAAGCCUCGCGUGUCGCUGUUGUCCUGAAAAGUUGAUUGUUUGUAAUCAGAAAUGAAAAAAGGUCUGCAUCCGCAAAUGCAAUGGAUAUCAUAUGUAACUCAGAGCGGAAGGCUGAUGCAUGUGAUGAUGACCAAAAUUCACAAUGUUGGUAAAGUAUACCAUUUUCGAGCAAGACGUCAAAUGGCUCAGAGCUUGGGCCAGGUUGCAAAGUUUAAACGUCGUUAUGAGCAGAAUAAUCAAGAAACUGAUGACAAGUGACCUCUUUUUGCUUGCUCUUUGGCUUGCUUUUCUGUUUUGAUAAUUAAGUGUUCAAUGAAUUGUUAGAAAUACCUUCAGUAAUCUCAUUGAGAAGUUAUUUCCAUGGUAUGAUGAUGGAUGCUUAUGUCCUAUGCUUAACAUUUGCUCAAUAAAGGCGAUGUUUUGGUACA